GCAUGGUGUAUGUCGAGAAGGCAGCCAGUGCCUGUUUUCACAUGACUUGGCAAACAGCAAGCCGUCCACCAUCUGCAAAUACUACCAGAAGGGCUACUGUGCCUACGGUGCACGCUGCAGGCAAGGCCACCACGGCUGUGAUAUGAUCAUACAAAGCCCCCAGCUGCAGCAGGUGGAGCUGUGGGUCCUGCACCCCACCCUUCGCCCUCCUCAGGCCUGCAUAGUCCUCACCCUUCUUCCGACAUUGCCACGUCUGUUAUGAGGACACAUUCAAAUGAACCUAGAAAGCGGGAGAAGAAGACGCUGGUGCUCAGAGACCGCAAUCUCACUGGUCUGGCUGAAGACAAGACUCCUCCUCCAAGCACAGUGAAUAAUCCAGGUGGCUGCAAUGACCCUCAGACCAGCCCAGAGAUGAAGCCCCAUUCCUACCUAGAUGCCAUCAGGACUGGCCUGGAUGACUUGGAGGCCAGCAGCUCCUACAGCAACGAGCAGCAGUUGUGCCCCUAUGCUGCUGCUGGGGAAUGCCGGUUUGGAGAUGCCUGUGUCUAUCUGCAUGGGGACAUGUGUGAAAUCUGCAGGCUUCAAGUCCUCCACCCCUUUGACCCAGAACAGAGGAAAGCUCACGAGAAGAUGUGUAUGUCGACAUUUGAACAUGAGAUGGAAAAGGCUUUUGCCUUCCAGGCGAGCCAGGACAAAGUGUGCAGUAUCUGUAUGGAGGUGAUCCUAGAGAAAGCCUCUGCUUCUGAGAGGAGGUUUGGCAUUCUCUCCAACUGCAGCCACACCUACUGCCUGUCCUGCAUCCGUCAAUGGAGAUGUGCCAAGCAGUUUGAAAACCCCAUCAUCAAGUCUUGUCCAGAGUGCCGUGUGAUAUCAGAGUUUGUAAUUCCAAGUGUGUAUUGGGUAGAAGAUCAGAAUAAAAAGAAUGAAUUAAUUGAAGCUUUUAAACAGGGAAUGGGGAAAAAGGCAUGUAAAUACUUUGAACAAGGCAAGGGGACCUGUCCCUUUGGAAGCAAGUGCCUUUACCGCCAUGCUUACCCUGAUGGGCGGCUGGCAGAGCCAGAGAAACCUCGGAAGCAGCUAAGUUCUGAAGGCACUGUGAGGUUCUUUAACUCAGUGCGGCUUUGGGAUUUUAUCGAGAACCGAGAAACCCGGCAAGUCCCCAGCACUGAUGAUGUGGAUGUGACGGAGCUAGGAGACCUCUUCAUGCACCUUUCUGGAGUAGAGUCAUCAGAACCCUAGUCAGUGCCUUCAUUUGGGCUCUGCAGUCAACUUUCCAAGGCGUGGUGUGGACGCAUCUGUCACUGACCCGAGGUGAUGUGGUACCGGGGUGUGAGUGCAGUAGUGAGUCCCCUUGGUCUCUUCAUGAUGAAAUUUCCCUGCCCUGGUGAAGGGAAGGGAGAUCACCAAGUCCAUGGAAUCACUACAUUUAGAUUUGAGAGCUCUGAGUUGUACCUCCAGCCCCUUUAUCAGGGACCAGCUAUGUGGUCCAGCUGUUUUAAUUGAUUGCUUCUAAAUGAAACCCGACUACCAUCUUUCUUUUGUGACUUUCUUCUUUAAGCAACAGUAAACUUAACAGCUGCUCCUAAAGCAGCAAAUCUUUCUUGCCAAGACAUCGCCAACCCUAUAGAGGACUCCCGUGCAGUGACCAUCUCUAAUAUAGUUGUUGAUCCUUGAAUUUAUGCAGCUGUAUAGUGAGAACACAUUUGGUCAUAUUGGUGCUGUACCAUAGAGUACUUUUAAGGCUGUGAGGAUGGCUAUUGCAUUCCGUCCAGUGUCUCAAGUCAACAGGCGUGUGCAGUUGUAAAGAUCUCCAGGGAGAUUCCACCUUCCCUUCCCCCUAGUAGUUAGAGCACAAGACACAGGACUCACACUCACAUUGCUUGUUCUCACCUAAAAGCAGGCUAUACUCUACACUGGUAGACAGGAGCAGUGACUCCUCUCUGUCUAAGGAGAACUGGGGCCAAGGCAGAGCAAGUUUGUUUUAAACCUGAUUUUAUUUUUGUAAAAAGCUGUUAUUACCUGUGUGCUUUUUGCUUGGUUGUUCAUGUAACUGCAGAGGAAGAUCCUUGAGUUCUGCACAAGAAACUGAACAAGUAGGGCCCACACUGCAAAUUUCAUAUUACUUUUGAAGGAGUCAGUAGCCAUUAAACCUAAAUUUAAUUUAUUUUAUUAAAAUAACAUAAUUGAGGAACCAUCAGAUAACUGUAUUUUAUCAGGCUCAAUAAAAACAAAAUUAAAACCCAAAAUCAUUAAGAAAA